CAAUGUUAGCCAGGAAUGCCAAGUUAGUGACGUCAGCACGAGACCUGACCUCUUUGUUUACCUAGAGCAGGGUGUGCACGUGUUUAGUUUUGGCUUUUAAUAUUCGUCCAAUUUUGUGAUUAACGAAGUGAUUUAUUUUAAUAUUUCUGUGAAGAACAAAAUGCCGGGUACUAGGUGUGCUGUGUAUGGUUGCAAUAAUAACCUUCUUGCAGUAAAAGCUAAAGGAGAAAGUGUAACGUUUCAUGUGUUUCCUAGACAAAAAGACUUAAUUUCUAAAAGAAUUAGGUCUGAAUGGAUUAAUCGUUGCAAAAGGAGCGAUAAAUUUAAUCCAGAUACAAGUAGAAUAUGUUCUGUUCAUUUUGUUCAAAGUGAUUAUGAAAGAGAUUUACGAAAUGAAUUGUUGGGUUUACCAGAAAGAAAGAUUCUGAAGAAAACAGCUAUCCCUACAUUAAAUCUUCCGGAUAGAAUGAACCCAACAGUUACGGAACGAGAAAGAAGAAGUUCAAAAAGAAAACAAAAAGAAGUUAAUGAUCUUUUAACAAAUAAUGAUAACAAUAGUAACAAUCUUCAAGAUGAAUGUCAUUACGAAAUUAAAUAUAAGAAGCUGUUAGAAGAAUAUAAUGUUUUAAAAUCGGAAUAUGAAAAAUUGAAAGAAGAUCAUAAGAAAAGAAUAAAAGUAUUAAACGAUUUAUUACGAUAUUACAAAAGAAUUCCUUCUGAAAAUGGUGAUUGUCGAAAAAAAUUAAAAAGUUAAGUAAGAUAAUCACAUAAUAAAAAAUACAGCUCGUUAAUUUGUUAAAUAAAUGUUAGACAAAAGACUUGUAAAUUUAU